AUGGUGCAGAAAUCCCGCAACGGAGGCGUUUACCCGGGGCCCGCCGCCGAGAAGAAGCUGAAGGUGGGCUUCGUAGGGCUGGACCCGGGAGCUCCGGACUCCAGCCGGGAUGGGGCUCUGCUCAUCGCCGGUUCCGAGAGCACCAAGAGGGGUAGCAUCCUCAGCAAACCCCGUUCGGGGGUGUCGGGCAGCGGGAAGCCCCCCAAAAGGAAUGCUUUUUACCGCAAGCUGCAGAAUUUUCUCUACAAUGUGCUGGAAAGACCGCGGGGCUGGGCUUUCAUUUACCACGCAUACGUUUUUCUACUUGUUUUCUCCUGCCUGGUGCUGUCUGUCUUCUCAACCAUCGAUGAGUAUCAGAACAGCUCUGAAGGGGCCCUUUAUAUUCUGGAAAUUGUCACCAUCGUGGUGUUUGGGGUGGAGUAUUUUGUGCGGAUCUGGGCAGCCGGCUGCUGUUGUCGGUACCGGGGCUGGAGAGGAAGGUUGAAAUUUGCCCGCAAACCUUUUUGUGUCAUCGACAUCAUGGUGCUGAUCGCGUCCAUUGCUGUGCUGGCAGCAGGCUCCCAGGGCAACGUCUUUGCCACCUCGGCGCUCAGGAGCUUGCGCUUCCUGCAGAUCCUGCGCAUGAUCCGCAUGGACCGGCGGGGUGGCACCUGGAAGCUGUUGGGCUCCGUGGUUUACGCGCACAGCAAGGAGCUGAUUACUGCCUGGUAUAUUGGCUUCCUCUGCCUCAUCCUGGCCUCUUUCCUGGUAUACUUGGCCGAGAAAGGAGAAAAUGAGCACUUUGAUACAUACGCAGAUGCACUCUGGUGGGGUCUGAUCACCCUGACCACCAUUGGCUAUGGGGACAAGUACCCACAGACCUGGAAUGGGCGACUGCUGGCUGCAACCUUCACACUCAUCGGUGUUUCCUUCUUCGCUCUCCCUGCCGGCAUUUUAGGUUCGGGGUUUGCACUGAAGGUUCAGGAGCAGCAUCGGCAAAAACACUUUGAGAAGAGACGCAACCCAGCAGCAGGCCUGAUUCAGGCUGCAUGGAGGUUCUAUGCUACCAACCUGUCCCGCACAGACCUGCACUCUACGUGGCAGUACUACGAGCGCACCGUCACCGUCCCCAUGUACAGCACGCAAACGCAAACGUACGGUGCCUCCAGACUCAUCCCUCCUUUGAACCAGCUGGAGCUCCUGAGGAACCUGAAGAGCAAAUCGGGACUGACAUUCAGGAAAGAGCAGCAGCCCGAACCAUCGCCAAGUCAGAAGGUCAGUUUGAAAGAUCGUGUCUUCUCCAGUCCCCGCGGUGCUGGCACCAAAGGGAAAGGCUCUCCACAGGCUCAGGGCAUCCGGAGGUCCCCCAGUGCUGACCAGAGCAUCGAGGACAGCCCCAGCAAGGUGCCCAAGAGCUGGAGCUUCGGAGACCGCAGCAGAGCCCGGCAGGCUUUCCGCAUCAAGGGAGCUGCAUCGCGGCAGAACUCCGAAGAAGCAAGCCUGCCUGGAGAAGACAUUCCUGAUGAGAAUAAAAGCUGCAACUGUGAGUUUGUGACAGAAGAUUUAACACCAGGACUGAAAGUCAGCAUCAGGGCAGUGUGCAUUAUGCGAUUUCUCGUCUCCAAACGCAAGUUUAAGGAGAGCCUUCGGCCCUACGAUGUGAUGGACGUCAUCGAGCAGUACUCAGCUGGCCACCUGGACAUGCUCUCCCGGAUUAAAAACCUCCAAUCCAGGAUAGAUAUGAUUGUGGGUCCCCCGCCCCCUUCAACUCCCCGGCAUAAGAAGUAUCCAACCAAAGGACCCAUGUAUUCUUCCAAAGAAUCUCCCCAAUACUCGCCUAGAGUUGACCAGAUCGUUGGGAGAGGAUCCUCCAUGACCGACAAGGAUCGGACCAAAGGCCCAGCCGAGGGGGAGCUGCCUGAAGACCCCAGCAUGAUGGGCAGACUUGGGAAAGUUGAAAAACAGGUUCAGUCGAUGGAGAAGAAGCUGGACUUCCUGGUGAACAUUUACAUGCAGAGAAUGGGUAUCCCACCGACGGAGACGGAGGCCUACUUCGGCUCCAAAGAGCCAGACCCAGCCCCUCCCUACCACAGCCCCGAGGACAGCAGGGAGCACAUCGACAAGAACGGCUGCAUCAUCAAGAUCAUCAGGUCCACCAGCUCCAUGGGUCAGAAGAACUUCUCAGCUCCGCCGGCCCCGACCAACUCGUGCCCGCCCUCGACGUCGUGCCAGCAGCAGCCCUACCAGCGGCAGAGUCACGGCUCCUCGCCCGUCGGAGACCCCGGCUCGCUCGUCCGCAUCCCACCUCCGCCCUCCCACGAGCGCUCCCUGUCAGCCUACAGCGGCGGGCACAGGGCGAGCGCAGAGUACCUGCGGAACGAAGACAUUACCACCAAACACCACGAGAGCGCCCUGAGAGACAGCGACACGUCCAUCUCCAUCCCCUCGGUAGACCACGAGGAACUGGAGCGCUCUUUCAGCGGCUUUAGUAUUUCCCAGUCCAAAGAGAAUUUGGACAUCCUUAACAACGGUUGCUAUGCGGCCGUGGCCAAAAUCAGACCCUACAUUGCGGAAGGGGAAUCGGACACCGAUUCUGACCUCUGCACACCCUGUGGCCCUCCUCCCAGGUCGGCCACGGGCGAGGGACCCUUCAGUGACAUGGGCUGGUCAGCCCCCCGGCAGUGA